AUGCAAGGAAAAAUUCCAUUAGACAAAGCCACCCUUAUGAUUCCCACAUGUACCGGCGAACGGGACUUAUACCAAUUCAUUAAAGCUUGCGAUUUGGCUUGUUCAGCAGAAGAAAGGGAAGACCUACCCAUACUUACGAAAUUUAUUAAUACCAAGUUGUUCGGCCAAGCUCUAAAUGUAUGUCGAUAUAGGGACACUAGCGAUUGGGAAGGUAUUAAACUAAUUCUAUUAGAUGCAUUCGAACCCCAACAAUCAAAAUCGUCAUUACAAGUGGCACUAAAUUCCGUGCGAAGUAACGAAGACGUAGGUGCAUAUGCGCGAAGGGUAGAACAAUUAUAUUUCAAUCUAUGUGUAGCAAGUACAAAAGGUAAAACUACAGAACAGGCAAAUACAAUCCGCGAUCAGUUAAAGGAACAGACAUUGGUAGUUUUCAUUAAAGGGUUAAUACCUAGUUUAAAGACCAUCGUGAAAUCUCAAAAACCACCCACUUUAGAAUUAGCUAUCCAGGUUGCUAAGGACGAAGAGACUGAGAUUAAGUCUGAGUCCGAUGCAUACCAAUAUUAUGGAGGCAAUAGUUCAGGUAGACAAGUAAACAACUCCACCAGGGAUACCAAUAAUUCUAAUAGGCGGAAUAAUAAUUUUAAUAAUCGUUAUAAUUACAAUUCAUCCAAUAAUAAUAGACCGAAUCAUAGCAAUGACAAUUCACAGAGACAAAAUUACAAUCCUAGAGAUUCGAAUUAUAUUAGACCACAGUACAAUCGAAAUCCGAAUUUUAAUAGACCUGACAUAAAUCAAGGUAAUAGGAACAAUUUCAACAAUAAUCAAUACCAGCCUCGCAACAAUAAUAAUUUUAAUCGCAACAAUGAUUAUAAUCGUAGUAGUAAUUAUCGGAAUAAUAACAACGCAAUAGGUAAUAUACGAUGUUAUCAAUGCGGAGGCAAUCAUUUUGCCCGGGAUUGUGUACAGCAUCGUAAUAGUAACAAUUCGCGUCCAUCUAACAAUAAUUUCACGCGACAGCCUACUAAUUACAACGCUCCUGUAGACGUAAUAUGCACGUAUUGUAAAAAAUCUGGACAUGACGUUACCAAGUGUUUUAGGAAACAGAAUAACGAUAGGUACAAUAAUAAUUCGGGAAACUUGCCGAGAUCGGGCGACAUGAGUGGCGCUCGCCCGAUAAAUUUGAUAGUCACGGUCGAGGAAGAUUUCGACAAUGCCUACACAUCGUAUCAGUCUUAA